CUUUAUUGAAUCUUGUUCAGUCGUCCACGCCUCCUUUCCUCGCUAAAUCUAAACAAUCGAACCACGGUCAAGUUUGGCAACGACCGCAACGCGCGGAUUCAACCACCGCCAAUAUGGAAGGUCUUGUGGAUCCAGAGACAAUUUACACGAAGCAGAAUUGCAUCGGCGGCGGGAGUUUUGGAAAAGUAUAUAAAGGUGUCGAUAAACGUACCGGAGCCUCUGUUGCGAUCAAGAUAAUCGACGUGGAAAAUGCUGAAGAUGAGGUGGAAGAUAUCAUCCAAGAAAUUGCUAUCUUGUCGGAGCUCAACUCGCCCUAUGUGACCAGGUAUCAUGGCUCGUUUUUGAAGGGCUCUAGUUUAUGGAUCGUCAUGGAGUUCUGCUCGGGAGGUAGUUGCUCAGACCUGAUGCGCCCGGGCACAAUACCCGAGGAGUACAUCAUGAUCAUUCUGCGAGAGUUGCUUCGGGGACUGGACUACUUGCAUAGCGAUAAGAAGCUACACCGGGAUGUCAAAGCUGCCAAUAUCCUUCUCACAUCUAAUGGCCAGGUAAAGCUCGCGGACUUUGGCGUCUCCAGUCAACUGUCAGCAACAAUGACCAAGAAGAAUACAUUUGUGGGAACCCCGUUCUGGAUGGCACCAGAGGUGAUCAAACAAUCGGGUUAUGAUUACAAGGCCGAUAUCUGGUCUCUUGGUAUCACUGCAAUUGAGUUGGCGAACGGAGAGCCACCUUACUCUGACAUUCAUCCUAUGAAGGUGUUGUUCUUGAUUCCCAAAAACCCUCCCCCGACUUUGCAAGGGGACUACAGCAAAGCCUUCAAGAACUUCGUGGAGCUUUGCUUGAGGAGGGACCCGAGGGAGCGACCUUCAGCCCGGGAGUUGUUGGAGCAUCCAUUCAUUAAGAGGGCAAAAAAGACGACAUACCUAACCGAGUUGAUUGAACGCUACGAGCGCUGGAAUACUGUUCAUGGCAACAAUCCGGCCGAUGAGGAGGAGGACAAUUACCAAGACCCGCCAUCCAGGACCACCCCAGUCGACGAAGAGGACGAUCUCUGGGACUUUGGCACUGUUCGCCCUGCAGGGGGGCGAGCUCCUGCGCUGAAGCCCAUGAAAGAAGCAGACAUGAAUGCACGAACUCAUGAUAUUGCUGAGCAGAACCCCAAGGUAAGCAGUCGCAAGGGGGUUGCGAGGGAGAGAAGCAAUGCCCCAACUGUGCCGAUGCCGCCAAAGCGUAAUGCUGCACCCGUGCCAUCGUCGCCAUCUAAGAUCCCUUUGCCUCCAUCUCCCAUGAAGUCUUCGGCCUCAGAGUUCAGACCACAUACACCUUAUGUACAAGAUCCAGCUGUUCGCCAGCCCAAGGAAAGCCCUGGCAAUGAGUACGAUAGAGCUCUGCAACAAGCGUUGGCCGAAGACUUGAGCUUUCUUAACCUCGAUCAACCGCCAAAUAUUUCCAUUGCCUCCUCGAGAGACCGACACGUUACCCCAGCAACACAGGGAUACGAGAGGACGCAAUCAUCACGAUACACAGAAGACACACCCUUUCAAAGAAAUCCUCCCGCCCACGCAGUCACUGGCCCUUCCAGUCAGGCUUUCAUACCUGUAAUGGAAUCGACACCGCAGCGCCAGUUGUUCGCACCGCCACAGCCACAUUCCCAACCUCCUCCAACACCCAGACAUAUGUCGCCGCCGUCGCCAUCGUCGCGAUCCCAGCCUGUGCCAGUUCCAAAGAACAUACCCAUCCCAAUGAAGCAUAGCCAAAGCCAACUUCACGUCACCACCGAUGACUCCUUUGAUAAUGCUUCGCGGACAAGCAACCAAUCGCCACAGUCCCCUGCGGUCGAAAUUACUGCCUUGAACAGUGUAAUCAUACCUGCCCUAAAGGCUGCGAUAUUCCGCCGCGGACGCCGUUUAGAGCUUCUUGCCCGCAACACCGCUGGCGAAGGGGGCACCGAUGCAUACAAACAACAGUCACGUCAGUACCACGCCCAUGAGAUGAUGGAGUCUCUUGUGGACGAUCUGUGCGGGAUGUUCACGAGAAUCGAGCGUUGGGAUAAUGAGGCUCCCGUGGGAAUGGGCGCUCAAGUAUCAUCUUUCUUAGAGGGGUUUCUCGAAGAAGUCCUUGUUCGGAUUGAGCCAGCCGACGAGGAUUCAAACUCAAGUGGAGCUUGAUUCCCCUUACUUUCAGGGAUGAAGAUUGGUUCGGUCCUAGAACUCAGCCCUUUCGGUGCUAACGUUGGCCUCGCCUUGAUCCACACGACACUAGCAUUAUGCUCCCAGCCAUAUCUGUUCCUAUGA